AUGUCUUUUGUAACCUUUAAAAAUCUUCAACCAAUAGUAAAGUUGCCAGAUGAUUGUAUUACUGAUAUAUUUCAAUUUAUUGAUGACAAAUCAACCUUAUAUUCAUGUUUAUUUGCGAAUCGAUUUUUCUUCCAUUUAGCGAUGCCAAAAUUAUGGAAUGAUCCGUUCUCAUUUACCAUUCCAACGCAAAAGUUAUCGUUGAUAGUACGAACGUAUAUUAAAUGCCUCCCUCAAGAUCGUAUUAAACAUUUACUUGAUGAGGGUAUCGUCUUGAAUGAUUCCUCACCUUCUUCAAUUGAAUAUCAUAAAUACCUUGUUGAAUUCGAAUAUAUAAGGAUCAUAUAUUCAAUACAUUGUUGGUGUGUUGAAAAAGAUGAAACGAGAUUAUGCCAGGAAGUUCUUACGAAUGAAAUUUUUGAAAACCUAUUUUUUAAUCAAGUUAAUAAAAUGAGGAAUUUGAUCUUUCACAUUAAUUAUCAUACCAUGUACCUGAUUAAUGAUGAGAAUAUUCGAUUUAUUGAAAUCACUUCUUACAGAGGAUCAAGCGAUGUAUUAUCACAAAUUCAAGAAUUUGACAUCGAGUAUCAUUUUGAGGAAUUUGAUUUUAAUGAAUUUCAAAAUUUUGAUGAAUUGGAACAUUUGAUCUCCCUAACGAAAAAUCUACUGAAUACACUUAUCCCACAUAAUAAAACCAUUAAGUGUCUCUGUUUGGAUUAUAAACCAUUCGUUCCAUCAGCGGAAUCUAAAGAAAUCAUGAGAAUACUUUCAAACAUAAUUGAACAACAACAAAAUUUGAAGACACUGGACAUAUCGGAUGCCACGGAUUCAUUUGGAUACAAGAGAUUUUAUAAUUCACUGGUUUCGCAAUCUCAUUGUUUAACCUUUUUGAGGUUGGAAUUUCAAAUUACGCUGGAUAAUUUCCUUCUCCUAAUGUUUGAGUUGAAAAGUCUAGAAACGAUAGAGUUACCAAUCGUUCCAUAUGAGGAGCCUAUCAUUAAUGGUAAUCAGACAAGGGAGAGUAGGGUUACAUUUGAGUCCAUCACGAGGAGUACCGUCAUCAAGUUCAAUCUCAAGAAUAUAUUUUUCCUACCCAAGGAUGGUUACCCGUAUAAUAAAGAUGAUAGUUAUAAAGUGCUCCAGACCUUAUUAGAAUAUUCAAAUAAAACAGUGGAAACGCUGACCUUCUCAUUAUCAAACAACAAAGUUCCAUCUAUGCUUAUAAAUUGUCCAAAUAUAACACAUUUAUCCACCAUCAUUGACAAUAACAAUUUGAUCUCUUGCUUAAAAUUGAUCGUUGACUUACCAAAAUUACAUCAUUUAAAAUUAAAAUAUUCCGAUAAUCUCACCCAACCCUCUUCUAAAAAUCAAAUAUACUUUGAUGAAAUCAUCAUUUGGGACUUGAUUUGUCAGAUCCCCAUCUCACUGAAGGUAUUGGAAUUUGAUUUUAUGAUUUCAAGUAAAGAGUUGAGAAUCUUCUUACUGGAAAAAUGCAGGGCAUCAUUAAAUGAAAUCACCUUUCAUAAUAAAGAUUUAAUCACUGCUCAGCACUUUAAGGUCUUGACAGAGUAUGCCAAACAAAAGAAUUCACUGAAGAAAUUUAGAUAUCAUUAUACAUAUUUAAAUGACGAUUUUUAUUUUACCACUGAAAAUGAUGACAUGGAUGAAAGAUUAAAUGAUUAUUCUAGUUAUUACGCAUUAGAAGCAUUGGAGAGAUCCAUCCCUAACGUUUCUGAUCCUAUAGAUUUUAUUACUCCUUUCUAUGAAUAUUGA